UUCUCUUCAACUUCUAAUCAAGCCAGAACAACAAGCCACAUUUUAGCUCUCCUGUCCUAUCCUAGCUCACCAAGCUCCAGUGGUGUCCCUUUCUUCCCAAUCAUGUCGAUGAUAGAUAUGUCCAGGGACCCAUUGGUCGUUGGCCACAUCGUUGGGGAUAUUGUGGACCCUUUCAUGACUACUGCGUCAUUGAGGAUCUUCUUCAACAACAAGGAGCUGACAAACGGGUCUGAGCUCAAGCCAUCUCAAGUGUUCAACGUUCCAAGAGUUUAUAUUGGCGGGCGAGACAUGAGGAAUCUGUACACGCUUGUGAUGGUGGACCCUGACUCACCAAGCCCCAGCAACCCUACUAAAAGAGAGAACCUUCAUUGGUUGGUAACAGACAUUCCAGAGACUACUGAUGCAAGUUUUGGAAAUGAAAUAGUCCCCUAUGAGAGCCCACGUCCAACUGCGGGAAUCCAUCGUUUCGUUUUCAUCCUGUUUAGGCAGUCAGUCAGGCAGACCACUUAUGCAGCAGGGUGGAGAGCAAACUUCUGCACAAGGGACUUCGCAGCGAUCUACAAUCUCGGAUCGCCUGUCGCUGGGAUGUACUUCAACUGCCAAAGAGAAAAUGGCUGUGGUGGUAGAAGGUACAUUAGGUAAUAUAUAGUUGGGCGCAACCUUACCUCCUAUAUAUAUAUAUAUAUAUAUAUAAAGCUGUUUCUGGUGUGAGUUUGCCUCUCUGAAGGAAAGAUAGAAACCGGGAGAUAAGUACGCAUGAAGCACAACAAAUGCUUG